GUGCAGGCUUACUGUAAAUACACACUCCAGAUGCUGAAAAGAACAUAACCAUAACGUUUGCUGGUGAGGAAGGUCUGGGAGUUUCUCUGCUAACUACACUUUUUGUAUUGAGUAAACAAUAGUUCAUCAGUUUCAGAGAAUUAAAUCUAUAAAAUAAUGUAGCACUGGCUGACUUCUGCAACAGAGCUGAUCAUCAGGUGUGAACUAGAAAGCACAAAUAUCCAUAACUGUGACAUCUGAGCAAAUUUUCAGUGACAGAACCCAAAAGGAUCUUCGUGUCUAACAUGAUCACAUUACAUCUAAUGGUGUUCCUGUAUCCAGUUCCUCAGUGAGCAGUCUGUGAAUGAAGAGCUGGAUUUCACUGGGCAUGAGUUCUGCGCAGUGACUGAGCCUCUGGCUCUGAUCAGUCCCAGCUUGUAGCGGAAGGAGGUGGGCUUUACCAACUGCCACUUCCGGUCAGGACCGCGCAGCAUUCCUCAUUUCUUCCCACUUUAAUUCCUUCCUUCUCCCGAGAGGAGGAGGGAGCGAGAGGAUAGACAGCAGCUCAUAUCCACGUGCUUCUUUGAAGCACACACUACUCUGCCAGUUCGGUCCAGUGGGCGGCGCUGGUUGCCCGAUCCGCCAUCAGCGGCUCCGCUGUUUUCUGCUAGCUGUUACUUGCUGACCCGUUGCCCGGUCGUCUUCUCGCCGACAUGCCGGAGUACCUGGGCGACCCCUCUGUGCUCACCAAGGAGAAGCUAAAGAGCGAGCUGCUGGCCAACAACGUGGAGCUCCCGAGCGGCAACCCCACGAAGGACGUGUACGUGCAGCUGUAUCUUACGAAGCUGGCCGGCCAAAGCACACGCCCCGCGGCUGCAGCUGCGGACUCGUUCUCCAGCGACGAGGAGCUGCCUCCGCCCGCGCUGCCUGACACCAGCCGCUCCUCCGGUAGAAAAGCCACCAGGAAAACAGACAAGGUUCGACCGACUGAGCUUGAUGUGACUGCGCUGAGUGACAAGAGCCUGAGGGAUGAACUGCUCGAGCGUGGACUAGACGUGGGGCCAAUUGUGGCCUCCACCCGGAAGCUGUAUGAGAAGAAGCUACAAAAGUUGCUGGAUGAAGGGCCUCCACAGCCUCCGCCACCACAGCUGAUGCUCGUAGGCUCAGAGUCUGACCUCUACAGUGACAGGGAGGACGAGGUGAUUGCAGCUGGUGGUCCAGAGCCUGUGGAGGAACCAGAACCAGCUCCUGUGGUUGAGAGAACAGUGAGGAGCAGAGAGAAGACGGUCAUGUCCACUCGCAGCCAGCACGCUGCGGUGGAGAAAAUCGCAGCCAGUGAUCAAACCCUAAAAGUAGACGAGAAAGACGUUCUGAAGGAGCUCUUUCUUAAUGACCGGAGCGGUCCAGCAGGAAUCACUGCCACCUGUCGCCGGCCCAUCCGAGGAGCAGCAGGGCGCCCUGUGACAUCCAGUGACCUGUGGAGUGAUGACAGCCUGUUCUCUCCAAAAGCCACCAAGACCAGCAUCUCCUCCUACACUCAGAGCUACUCAGUAAACAGAGUAUCCAGCCUGCCACCCAAAACCACCUCCUCCAGCCUCCCGCCUGCAGGGCAGACCCAAGCAGCACAGCGCAGCAUGUCUCUGUGGAUAAAGCUCUUCCUGUUGGCCAUCGUGGCCACUUUCCUCUUCCUCGUUUACCAGGCCAUGGAGACCACCUCCAUAAACCCAUUUCAGACCUCAGACAUGGAGGUGGCUGCUGGUAGCACAGCAUAGAGAGCACAGCUGGAGACUGAGAGGUGAAGAAGACUUAGUCUGCUUUAACUCGUUCAUGUUUCAUUAAUGUUUAAGUGUGUUAAGUGUUCUUUACAUUUUGCUGCGAUCACAGAUUUUGUACUAUUCUACUUUUUUGCCCUCAUUUCUGAAUAAGCUUUUAUAGAGAAGAGAAAUACAUUUCAAUGACUCUCAUUGUGAAAGCACCCAGCAGCCCUGUCUGCGGUUCAUCCUUAAGCUAGGACCUCAGGUGAUGACGAAGCCAGUCACUAAUCAACACACACAGGAGCUUUCAAAGACACAGGAGCCUCGUCGUUUUGUUUUUAGUCGUACUUGCAUGGUGUGAAUGUGUGUGUGAUUGUAACUUUUCAAAAUAUGCCUUAGUAUCUCUGUUCUUAACAGUCUUUAAGAGUCUGAAGCUGCUAUUCUGGUUUGUACCUUGGACCAUCUUUGUUAUUGAGACACGGAGGCUUCUUGUUAUAGUUCAAAUGCUUUUUAAAGCCUGCCCCACUAUUUUCCUAAUCUUCUCUUGUAAUAAAAUUUUAUACCCAAAUACA